GUUGCACAGCGGCUUUGGCGCAUUUUCGGCUGGUUUGAUUCAUCCAUUUUGAGGAGACGGGGAGCGGGGGGCUCGGCAGAUCCUGGGGGCCUGGAUCCAGUAGCGGCAGAGCCUGAGAAAGCUAGCGGCCCGGGCCUCGGCAGCCAAAGCAACUCCGGGGGGGGAGGGGCGCCCAGCGCGCGGGGUGGGGGGGGGGCCUGGUCUUGGCUUCGCUGGAGGUCCGGUUUCGGCUGCGAACAUGUCCCGGCCCGUCAGAAACAGGAAGGUGGUCGAUUAUUCACAGUUUCAGGAAUCUGAUGAUGCAGAUGAAGAUUAUGGAAGAGAUUCAGCCCCUCCAGCUAAGAAAAUCCGAUCAUCACCCCGAGAGGCUAAAAACAAGAGGCGGUCUGGGAAAAAUUCACAGGAAGAUAGUGAGGACUCUGAAGAAAAAGAUGUGAAGACCAAGAAGGACGAUUCACACUCACCAGAGGAUAGUGAAGAUGAAAAAGAAGAUCACAAAAAUGUUCGCCAGCAGCGUCAGGCAGCAUCCAAAGCAGCUUCCAAGCAGAGAGAGAUGCUCAUGGAAGAUGUGGGAAGUGAAGAGGAACAAGAAGAAGAAGAAGAGGCACCAUUCCAGGAGAAAGAUUCUGGCAGUGAUGAAGACUUCCUCAUGGAAGAUGAUGAUGAUAGUGAUUAUGGAAGUUCAAAAAAGAAAAACAAAAAGAUUGUGAAGAAGUCCAAGCCUGAAAGGAAAGAAAAGAAAAUGCCCAAACCUAGGCUAAAGGCUACAGUGACACCAAGUCCAGUGAAAGGAAAAGGAAAAGUGGGCCGUCCCACAGCAUCAAAGGCAUCAAAGGAAAAGACUCCUUCCCCCAAAGAAGAGGAUGAGGAGCCAGAAAGUCCCCCAGAAAAGAAAAAGUCUGCCAGCCCUCCACCAGAAAAGUCUGGGGAUGAAGGGUCUGAAGAUGAAGCCCAGUCUGGGGAAGAUUAAAAAGUGAUGCUUUGGGGAGAUUUUAUUUAAAAAAAAAAAAAAAGAGGAAAAAAAAGAAAAUCUACUUAGGGGUAGAACAUGGUUUUGGCUAUGGCUUGACUCAUGGGCUUUGAAUGCUUUCCCUUGUUCCAUUCCCCACCCACCCAUCCACCCUGCUGGUGAGAGAUAGCAGCAUCUCUUACUCUCCCCCCUCCCUUUUUUAAGAGAAAAUUAUGGUCAUGUUUUUUAAAUUACCUUUAUCUAUUGGCUAUUCUCUCUAAUCUCCAGUGAAAGCCAUGACAAAAUAUCCAAUGAAUUUACCACCUAACUUAAAAAAAAAAUGAAAGGGUUAUACUACAGGUGAAGCAAUAAGAUUGAGGCAAACCUUAUUGGAAUAUUAACUUUAGUAAAAGUUAUCAAGGUGAGCAGGAAUCCAGAGGACAGGAUUCCAAAUGAAAAUGCUUGUUCCUUAUUUACCUGAAUUUUUUUUUUUAAAUCACGGUCAGCAAAGACAAAAAUGUGUAUAUUAUUUUUUUUGAUCAUGAAUCUAAACUUUUAUUGACUAGACAGGAAGGUGAUAAAUGUGGAUACAACCAUAAAUUUCCCAUAUUUCUGACCCCAUUUGGGAACAACCAGGCCACAUGACUUUUUGGUGUGGGUUUUUUUGUUGUCGUUACUGUUUUGUUUUUGUUCUAUUUCACUCCUGGUCAUCUCAAGGAGAAUAGGAACAAGUAAGAAAUCCUUUUCUCUUGCUAAGGUCUUUAGGGAGUUAAAAAGAUGCUCGACCUAAAAAAUCAGGGGAGCAGUGCAUCAACAUUUAAGUGACUUUGUUUCAGAUCUAAAUAUCCAUGGUUCGUGUUUUUAAAAUGAAUAUGUUAUCUAUUCUUUUUCUUGGAAUAAAUUUUACCAAGGAUCAAGAAGAAUUUAGAUUUUAACAGCAAGAUUGCUGUACCACAUCAAAGUGGGUUUCUUCUCAAACUGACAAUGUUUAGGUUUUAAGCCAAUAAAGAACCAGUUAAUGUGAAACUAAAUCACAGAGAGUUGGGUUUUUUCCUUUGAGAAGUAGAAUUCUGUUAUGGCAUAUCCAUGCGCUCAGAUCCCAUGAGUCAUGCUUUGGUUAAUUCAUAAGGUAAUUUGGGAACAGAAUGUUUUCCUAUUCCACCCUCCUGUUUCUCCCCAGAAAUGUGGUAUGUAUAUCUAUGAACUUCCUGCUGAAAUAUGGGACACAGACCCCCCCACCCCCACCCACCCCCAUGCCUAUUCUAGGACAUUAUUUCUCUUCACUUACAAUUUAUUUUCCCAUCCUGCCCUGGAUGGGUGUUUACUACUUACUGCUGCUCCUGACUUGUCCGCCCUCUGUCUAGGUAUUGAUCAAAUAAAAUUGAAGUUUUACGGGUUCAUUAGAAGUUUGGGAGUGGGGGACGACCCAAAUCUGCAUUCAGGAGGCAUGCUUGCAGUUAAUUGUUAUCUUCCAGACCUUCAUGAAAGCCCCUGCACCCCAUGAGCUUUGUUUCUUCAAAUCCUGAUGGAAAUAAGGUGUAGGGAUACAAUAUACUAGUAUAUUUGAAAUGAAAGAAAAAAUUGAAACCUCUUCUUUUCCCCGCUAGGAUUUUCUCCCAAGUACCUUGCUUGCUGUUUUAUCUUUUUGUUUUUACCUUUGUAAAGAUUUUGUCUUUUAGUCAAUACCUUGCAAGUGUUCUCAACAAAGGCCUCACUCAGCAAAGGAGGUGCUUUUAAAGGUUUGGUUUUUAGCUGCUCAUGCUCAAAGUAGUAUAUGGCCUCUUUGUGCAUUUAAAAAGGUCGUGGAGUUUUUCUAGCACAGAGCUAAACAUGUAGAUAUUAAUGCUUUGUAUGAUGGUUAAAUUCAUAGCUGUGGGCUUUAUAAUGAGGGUGAUUAAUUUGCAUUUGUGGGUUUCUGCAAGUUUCAGUCCCUUCAUUUACACACAUACACAUACCCUUCAUUUUUAUAUUCUUUGUGUUAGUGCAGUAAAAGAUAUAUCAGUAUUUCCAUUACAAGCCUCUAUUUUUAGGGGUUUAUAACUUGGCUAUACAACUUCAUUCUGGGCUUCAGAAUGUAGCUAAUUCCCUCUCCCCUACACAUACAUAGAUGUUCUGCCCCCCUCUUCCAUUAAUGAAAUGAAGAUAAAUUUCUAUAUUCUCAGUAUUUGUGAUUUUUUUCUUAAAUUUUAUUUCUUUAAACUGGGGGUUUGCGGGUGGGGGUGGAGAAUUUCCUAAAUCAAACCUCAUGUCAAAACAAUUUGUGGUGGUGUAACCUGUUCAGUUUUCUUAAUAUAAUCUCUAUAAACAUCUCUGGUCAUAGUAUGACUAUCAUCCAUUUGUACAUUAGAGUUAUUCUUUUCUAAUAGGUUACUUGUGUGCAUUCAGGUUGGAGUUUUUGUUUGGGGGUUCUUUUAUAAAACAGUUAACUCUUAGACUGGAAAAGCUGAAAAUGUUCUUCAUGUGCAUUUCUGAUAGACUGGAAAAAAUUAUAUUUCCUGAUGGAGUAGAUAUACUCUACAAGUCAUAUGUUUUCACCAUGGAAAUUUUUGAGCUGUCUUUUUUAUUUUAUCAGACCUGAGUCAUUCCCUUAAAUUCUCCACCCAUUUAGUGGAGUAGUUACGAUUCAAACUGGAAACCUAGGUGCUUAGUGUUGAGGUGUUCUUGAUACUGUGACCUUGGCUUAAGGAAGUAUGUAUAGUUGGCCAUAGUCAUUAAUUAGUGUUUGCUAUAUUGGUUGGCUCUAUGUCCAUGGUUAUAAAGUAUAUAUAUUUAUAGAGUCCACUGUCUUUUUAACUUGGAGCACUUGAAAGUUGGAUAGUUAUUUAAACAUGAAGGUGCUGGUUUGUAUCAUCCCCUAAACAUUGUUUUCUGACUAGUGUGGGUUUAGCUUUGAAACAAGUCUGCCUUCCAUGUUUUUUAGCUGCCCAUCCUGACACUGUUUCUGGUUCUUUAGAAUCUUUUGGAUCCAGACUCUUGGACCAUGUGUCGUCCUUGACAUGCUGGAAAUGUUGCUGUGCUUGAUGGUUUACCCAGUUAAAAUUGUGAAACCAGUCUAUAAUGUGUACUACCUUCCCUCACCAGCAAGUAUGGUGUUGGACUGAAAGAGUGAAUUCAAGAAGACAAACAGUAUAUUUUACUUUACCUUCUAAAACAUAACCCUCUCUAUACCUUUUCCUGACACUUUAAUUCCAAGAAGGGAAGUUUUGGAUCUUAUCCCAUUUAGGGGAGGUGUAAAAUUGUUUGUAAGGGUUGUUUUAAUCUCAAGGAUUAAGUUUGUAUUGAUUCCCAUGAAGAAACUUUGAUGGCCAAUAAUUUUUUCACUUGUGUAGUUGCUGUUUCUGAGCUCAACCCUCAUUUAGCAGCUUAUUCUUGUGAAUAGUUUGGCUUCCUGUUGGUUUCCUUUAUUGAUGUUUGCAUGUAAAUAUUCAAUCACAAAGUUGAAUUUGAGCUCCUAGCCAGAUAAAGUCUUUGAUACUGCUACAGACCUGGACAACUAUGGCUGAACAUGACACUGAAAGAUUUAUAAUGGCUUUUCUUGAUUUUACUUCUUAAGAAGCAUUAAAGUAACAAAGAUGAAUUUUAGAACACUUUGGGUUUUUUUUUUUAAAACAAACUUCAAUUUAGUCAGGUUUUAGGGUGUUUGGAGGGCCAGAACAGAAUUUAACAUGGGGGACUGUUUGGGAAAGCUUUUUAAAAUGAUCCUAAAAUGAACAGACUAUCUCAUGUUAAAGGUAUGGGAGAGAAGAAUGGCUUCUUUUUACUGUGUGUGUAAGUUGUAAUAAGGAGUGAAUGUAAGGCUGAAUUCUUUUUGAGCAUGCUCAGUGGCUGCAUUUUUUUUUUUUUAAUUUCAACUUACGGUUUGGGAAAGAUGAGAAACCCAGGUUCUUUUUCUUUGUGUUGUUGUCUCAAUAUUUGUUAUAUACAUAUAGAUACACACACACAUAUAUAUAAAUGACGAAAUGCGCAAGAUGUAGUCAUUUACAAAGGGACAGAGAAAGAUAAUACAACUUGCUAGUUGCUUCAGAGCUAGAGAAAAUGACUUCACAUUGUCAUUCUGAUUGUGGAGUAUGAAACGUUUUCAUAGUAUUAAAAUUAGGUUUGGAAUUUUUUUGAGGGAAAUUUAGUAGGGCAGUUUACAGUUUGAGUCCUGGAAAAAGAAAAUACAUAUACUUUCAGAUUCUGCAAAGAAAAUAAAACCCAUUUCUCUUUCCCUUUUUUGGAGGUGUGUGUAGAGGGAUAUCAGUUGCCUUGGAAUGGACUUUUUACCACCAAGAUUCUUUCAGAAUUGUAAACCCACAAAUUAAAAUUUGUUUUGUUUUUUUCCUGAAAGUCUUGUUACAAAGUUCACUGUGGUGCUGACUUUGUGUGUCCAACCACUAUUGGAGAAAGCCUCUAAUGCAGCCCACCAUGAUGCCAGUGCAAUGACCUAAAUGGGUGACAUCUUUCUGAGCAUGCUCUGUGUGACUGGUGUAAAGCCACCAUUGUGCAUAUGCUUUGUAUAUCAGGGUGAGGGGAGGGUUUUCUAGAUUUGGGUGGGGAAGGGUUGGGGGUGGGAAUAGGAUUAGGGGCUUUUUGGUUCCUUUUUUCCUUUUUUGGUGGGGUGGGGGGAAAAUACUCAGCUUAUGCCACAAAUAACAUGUAUAGAAUUCCCAGAAGUAUUUUGUGUGAAUGUGAGUGUGUUUGAUGUGUCUGACAGUUUAACGUUCUGUCUUCUGGAAAUUUGUGAAUUUUACUUUUUUCCCUCUGCAAAAGAAAUUGUUUUUUAAAAAUGUAAAUAAGAGCACUACUUUGUUUACCAUAAGCAUGUCUUCACAAUACACCCUACAAAUCCUACUCCAAAGUGGGGUUUUGGGGGCUUGGUUGUUGUUGUUUUUUCCAUUUUAAUUCACAAUAAGCAGUAACUCUUGAAUGGCACUUAGGUUAGCCAAACAUAGCUCAACGAUUUGCAGGUAAUAUUUGUCAACCUAUUUGGAGCUUUCACAUAAUCAGCCCUAGGGACACCCCCAAAUACCAUUCUUCACCAUUUCAGUUCCUCAUCUUUUUCCAUCUAGUGAAGAGGAAGGGAUAAAAGAGGUCUUCUAUCCAUGGCCUGGGACUAUAACAUCCUUUAAUACAUUCAGCAACAUUGCUGGACCUAUGGUCGAAUACUAGAGGGUUGGGCAUUCUUGCAAUACCUUGACAAUGCUGACACCUGCAGCAUAGUACUAAGGAAGUUAAAAGUUUGAAUGUAACUGCUUUAUUUAAAAAGAUUUAAAAUUUUAAAUAAAAUGGGGUAGAAGUGAACAUGAUUUUGUUGACCAUGUUCGUGAAUUAUAGAUACAACAUGCAUUGGUAGAAUUGUGUGAUGGUCUUUUGUGAUACUUAAUUUUUACAUAUUCCAGUCUCUGUAUGUACCUGCAUAGAAGAGAAAAAAAGAAAAAACACAACUCUGCUUUGCUUUUAUUGAAGGGGUUUCCAGGAUUGUGUACCUGCUCCUGAGCUGUUUUCAGUAUGUGUAUCCUUCGCUUGUAUUUUGUAUUAAAAAAAAAAAAAGAACAAAAAAAGAACCCUUAUUGUUGAGCAUGUUGGCAUUGUUGCCCCCCCUUUUUUUCUCUUUUUGGAAUAUAUGAAGCAAGUUAUUCUUUUUCUGUAUCUUUUUUUUCUUUUGUAAACUUUUUUGUUUUGUUUUGUUUAAAAAUGGCUUUAUAAAAGGGCUUUUAUAACCCAGA